UACCUUGUGCGCUCCCUGGCGGUACCAGAGGGAGUGACCACUUGCGUAGGAAGUGGGAAUUAAGAAGGCCCAGAAUCCAGAAGACGUCGAUGGUCUUUUUAGCAGUAAAUUAGCGAUCGGUGAAUGAUGGAACAGUUGAUCGGGGAAACAGCGUUGGAGGUAAGGUAGUGUAAUCUUAAAGCACUUGUGGACUCACUAUGCUGGCAAGGAUAGAAUCAGAGUUUUGCAAGAAAGACACAUGGAUAAGAGAGGCCUCCAGAAACAAAUCAUAGAUCUAGCUGGCAUCGACCAUCAUAUUUCUUUAUGUUGACAAGAACUCUGUUUUUGUCUUAUGUGAAUACUGCUGUACCCGCCAUAAUGACCCCCAAGCUCUGUCUCUGUACUGAUUUUUGAUAAUGUUGGCUUGGUAUGGCUGCUACUGACGAAUCCUAUGUGGAAGAACAAAAUGGGAGUUUAGUGUCUUACAUGAUUGACAUAGUGGAAAAGUGGACUGGCUUGGAAAUUUUGGAAGGUUCCCUGAAUUACCUGGACUACCUUCUUUGGGUUUUCACUCCCCUCAUCAUUGUGUUCGCUAUGCCAUUGUUCAUUAUUCUGUUCCUCUACCUUUCCAUUCUUUUUCUACAUGUAUACAAAAGAAAGAGAGAACUGAAAGUAGCUUAUUCGAAUAACGUUUGGGAUGGAGCACGGAAGACUUUGGCAACCCUGUGGGAUGGCCAUGCAACGAUAUGGCAUGGUUAUGAAGUUCAUGGUUUGGAAAAGAUUCCUGAUGCAGGGCCUGCCUUGAUUGUUUAUUAUCAUGGGGCCAUUCCUGUAGACUAUUACUAUUUUUUAGCUAAAGUAAUUAUACAGAAAGGAAGAACCUGCCACUCUGUAGCUGACCACUUUCUUUUUAAGUUACCAGGCUUUAAAUUAUUGUUGGAAGUUUUUAGUGUUAUGCAUGGCCCGCAAGAAGAAUGUGUCAAAGCUUUGAAAAGUGGUCACUUACUAGCCAUCUCACCAGGUGGAGUCCGUGAAGCACUGCUUAGUGAUGAGACUUACAGCAUAUUCUGGCGUGGUCGGAAGGGUUUUGCUCAAGUGGCAAUUGAUGCUGAAGUGCCCAUUAUUCCUAUGUUUACCCGGAAUAUUCGAGAGGGGUUUAGGACAUUUGGAUGUUUUGGUAUAUGUAAAUGGUUGUAUGAAAAAUUUAGAUGGCCAUUUGUUCCGAUUUAUGGCGGUUUUCCUGUCAAAUUUUGUACCUACUUGGGAGAUCCAAUUCCUUAUGAUCCCAAUAUAACUGCUGCUGAACUGGCUGAAAAGGCAAAGCAAGCUGUGCAGGGCUUAAUAAACAAACACCAAAAAAUACCAGGAAAUAUACUUCGGGCCCUUUUAGAACGUGUUCACUGGAGACAAAAAGAUGAAUGAUUUUACACUUUACAGAACACAUUUCAGUGAACGCUUUUUAAACCAUUUUCUUCGCAUUUUAAAGUAUCUACAAAUAUGCAAAUACUUAAUAAUGGUAUGCUGUUAUACAUUAAAAUUAUUUUGUUGAAGAAGUCUUGCACCAGUAUUAAUGUUACUUGACUUUCUAACAGUUUUAGUUCUAAAUGUGGCAUAGCACAUUAGGCUGCCAUUAUACAGCAUCAGAGUGAGGAAAAACAUUGGUUCACCUGCCUACUUCUAAUAUGUUUUCAUCUCCGUGUGAUGCCAUGAAUUUGCAAUUUCAAGGUAGAUUGACCUGAGUCGAAUUGAUUUCUACAUUUAGAACUUGGCCGGGGAAUGUCAAUGGUAGAGUACAGCAUUUGCUGCAUGAGAUGGGACAUCUUAAGACCUAUCCAGAGGGGGAAAGUUGGUAGUGAAUUAGAUCUAUUUCAUGCUGUUUGGGUUUGGGGUUGGUAGUGACAGGGCGAGGCUGUAAAGAGAACAAAGCUUGUGUGAUUAUUAUGUGUGCCAGAUGAAGUACUGCAAAUUUUUCGAACUUAAUCUCAGUCUGAUAUCAGGACAUACAAUUUAAAGCCAAUAGCUUUCAUGGCCUGCAGUUUUCUAUUUUUAACUAGGUAGUUUCUUUCUGCCCUUAAUUACAUUGCCGCUCAUGCAGUACAUAACGUUUCAGCAGUACAAGGUGUUAGUCACAGUAAUUUGCCUUUCAAUGUGAUCUGAUAAUCCUCAACUCCAUUUUUCCCUCAACACUUGAUUCCCUUACUGAUGAAAGAUCUAUCUCAGCACUGAAUAUACUAAAUGACCCAGCCUUGACUGCCCUUUGCAAAAUAAAACUUCACAGAUUCACUACCAUCCAAGAAGUUAUUCCUGCUCAUAAAUAUGUGCAAUCUCUUAUUCUGAGAUUAUGCCCUCUCGUCCUCACCUCUUUCACAAGAUGGGGAAAAGUCCAGUCUUUCUUGAUCUACUUUGUCAAAUCCCCUAAGAAUAAGGUUUCCGCUCAUUCUUCUAAAAUCUAGUGAGUGUAGGUCGAACCUACUGAACCUUUCCUUCUAAGAUACUCCCUCCAUACCUGAUAUCAGCAUAGUGAACCUUCUCCUCUCUUUAAUACUAAUUUUUUUUUGUUCUCAUUAUCUUUGGAUAUACUUGUGUCCAAAUUUGUCAAGCUAUCUGAAUAAAAAGUAAAAUCUAGAAUUAAGAGUCUAAUGGUGACCGUGAAAGUCUUAGAAAAACCCAUCUUGUUUCCUAAUCCCCUUUUGGGAGGGAAGCUUCCAUCUUUACGUCUGCUCUCCACGUGACUCCAGACCUGCAGCAAUUCAGGUAAGUACUUGUGAUACCACACUGUUGAAUUUACCUUGGACUGUUUUAAUGAACGAUAAUUGGUGUAAUUUCAAUCCGAUUCCAAACUGACUUUAAAAAUUUUACACUGUCUCUGCAUGUUCUGAUUCAAAUUAAAUGUUUAUAGCUUCAAACUUAAUAGAAAUAAAAACAUUUAUGUAUUUGCAAAAUUUACUGAAAAAUGAAGACUGCGAUUACUGUAUUUUUUACAAUUAAAAUGCUAAAAAAUUUUUGGUUUGUUUGGAAAAUGUAUAAAUGUAUGGCAUAGGUUUAAGCUUGUGAAGCUUAGGCUUGGGAAAAUUGGCACGUAAAAUAAUUGUAUCAAUGUUCCGAAUGCAUUACUGUAAUUUUACUGGGUGUUUUGAUUAUGUUUAAGUAUGGAUAGGAGAGAAUAAUGACAAAUGCACUUUGUUUUAUUCAUACUUGGGAUAUAUCUUAAAACUCAUGAUAAGAUCAUGAGUAAGAUAAGGAAGUAUAUUCUUCCCUGUAAUAGUUGUACCAAUCAAUCAAGUUAAUUUAUGAAAUCUGCUUAUUAAAGGAGAAAACAUCCAGUCUUCAGAAUUAGAUCAUCCAGCUCCAGUCUGUGCAUUGCCACUGCUUACCUCAUUGGUGGCUGUGCUUUCUGCCUUCUAGGCUUUGCAUUCCAUCAUUUCUUAUGUAAAACACUUCAUGAAUCUUCCAUGAAUUCACUGUUUCUAAACAACCAUUUGUGUGUCUCUUUGAAUUCUUUGUUUUUAACUUGAUUACUGUGAAGCACUUUGGCAUACUUUUCUGCAUAAUGCAAAUUAAAGUUGCAGAUAUCUGAGUAACAUUCUAGGCAGGUAUAAGGGCUGUAAGUGCAUACACGUGCAGGCUAAAGGCUUAAAUAUUUUACCAGGUAUAUAGAAAUUAAGGGUUUAGUCACCAGGUAGGCAUUGUAUGGGAGUUGUUGUUAUGAUGAAAUUUAAAAGUCUAACAACAUGUCGGUAUGGUGGCUCAUUGGUUAGCACUGCUAUCGCACAGUGCCAGGAUCCCAGGUUCGAUUCCGCCUUCGGGAGACUGUCUGUAGAGAGUUUGCACAUUCUCCCCGUGUCUGCGUGGGUUUCCUGUGGUGCUGCGGUUUCCUCCCACAGCCCAAAGAUGUGUAGGCGAGGUGAUAAAGUGUGAAG